CGCAGCACGAAGUUGCAGAACCAAAUAUAGAUCUAUGAGUAUUUUACAAAAAUUCAUCAGAGUACUCAGAAAAUGUAUGAUGAGUACUGGCAAAACACGCGAUUUUACAGGGCGAGUACUGAAUAGUCGUACUCAGAUACUCAGACCCUAUACACGAGUACUACUGUUGAGUACUCAAACCCACGAGUACUCAUGAGUUCUCGCGCCAUUUUCUAGCGUGAGUACUUUUUGAGUACUCUCUUGGUGAGUACAUUCACUAGGGUAAUCUCUACAAAUCAUCAAAUUAAUCAUACAGUAGGUUGUUGAGAAAUUUAUUUUUUGCUUGUUCGUGUUUUGUAAUGCUAUUAGAUUACAUGAAAUAUAAUAUCUAACAAAGACAUAAACUUACCUAUAAAAUGAAAAAAAUAAUAAAAUCUGACAUUUGCACUUAAAACUAAAAUUAAUUUCAUAUCAACUUCUCUUCCUAAUUAAAGCCAGAAGGUUGAAAUUAGUACAUUUACUAUAUGGAUUAGGUUUUUUUCUACAAUUCAUAGACUAUAAUUCUUUGUCAUGAUUCUUCGUUACUCUAACAACAACAAAAUUCUUGUCUAUCAUCAACCAUUGAUAAAGGAUUAUCAACAAACAUUCGUGCUGCAUCAAUCAUAAAUGAUCCUUCAAAUAUAAUAAUCAUUCAUCUGUUCUUCAUAUUCUGAUUCAUCUAUACCAACAACAAUUCUUUCUUCUUCAUUAACACCGUCAUCAACAUGCGAAAUUUUCCAUCCACGUAUAUCUCCAAUAACUCAUACAACUGAAAAUCAAAGAACAAUUUUAUUAAAAUUUCUACAAGUAAUUGCUUCAACAUCAUCUCAAAAAAUAAGUUCUCCUCAUCCAUCGUUGAUAACUAAAACAAUAACCAUACCUAAUCCUACUCAAUUAAAUUCUUCUCCCACACAAAUUCAUAGUCCAAUAAAAAGCAAUGAUGCUAUUUCAUCUUAUACAAAUGAUUUGGAUUUACGUAAAGAUCCAUUAUUUCGAGUUGCUGAUAAUGAUGAUGAAUUGAACACAUUAAAUAUUUCAAAUGUGCAAGAAAAAGAAAAUCUUCAUUUACCAAUUCAUGUUAAAAAUUGGUCAAUUCUUCAAGUUGAAGAAUAUAUUGAAAAAUUAACGAAUAUUAACAUUGCUGAAGUCUUCGUGAGCAUGAAAUUAAUGGUAGAGCAUUACUAUUAUUAG